AGCCCGACACGGGUUUUUCGCCGACAUGCAGUCGUGGAGUUCGGAUCGUUCUUGUGGUUCUCGCGCUGUGCUGGCUCUCGUCGAAAAUUUCGAAUUGUCCCGUCAACGUCGGAGGCUGCCGUCGUCGCUGUUCAUAAUCGAUUCGUCGGUCGCCCACUGAGCAACGGCGUGCGCACUGUGUCCGCCGAUUGCCCCGAAAAGCCAAGGACUCGAGCCGUGAACGCUAGAAAAUCGCCUUAAGCGCCCCGAAAGCCGCAAUCAGCCCGGCCAGAGACAGAUCGCCGCACCCGGAACGGCUCUCCGGAAAGCAGGUCGCGAGGUUCCUGCGGUCGCCCGUGUGGCCGCCGCCGCCACGGUCGCGGAGUCGCCAUCGUCGUCGUCGCUGGCAAGUCGCAAACGAAGUUUUUGCAGUGCUGCGGGCUUGGAGCCCAUGCAGAAAAUGGAAACGUGCAAGACUUUUCCCACGCCGCAGUCGAAACUGUUCGUCUACACGGCCGUCGACCUGAGGGACGAAUUCGAGGAGAAAUACGAGCGUGCCUACCAAUAUAUCCAGCAGCAAACGACCGGUUUAAACGAUAAAGAGCUACAUGAUCUCCUCUCACAGCUCGUCUGCAAAGAUAAACAUCAUGAGGAGAUAUCAAUUGGACUGCUCUACACAAUUCUCACGGAACCAACAUUGGCGGCCAAAACAUAUCGUGAUCUAACUCUAUUAACACGCGAUGGUUUUCAAUCAGUCACAACGAAUCUAUCGAUUUUAAUAGCUGAAAAAUAUACAAAAUUCACCGAGAUUGCCCGAAGACAAUUGAUAUGGUUAUUACGUGAAUUAGUGAAGAAUCAAGUACUCAAUGUUGAUAAUAUUGUAUGGAAUUGUUUACGCCAAGCAAGUGGUGGUGAUACAUCAUCGAGAAAUCUGGGUCUUGUUGAAGGAUUGCUCGAUAUAUUCAUCGAACAUCGACAAUGGCUCGAGAAAUAUUCAAUUUUAGUUGGUGCUGUGGUUUAUAGUUAUGUACGGUUGAUUGAGGAUCACACGAGCCCGUUGUUAACUAAUUUACGAAAUAAGGAGGUGAAAUUUGUGAUAGGAUUGAUAAGAGAUCGAUUCAAUGAUGUGAUACCUUUGGGACGAGAUUUUGUAAGAUUACUACAAAACGUUGCACGUAUUCCGGAAUUCGAGCAGUUAUGGCGUGAUAUACUCCUAAAUCCGAAAUCAUUCAGUCCUACAUUUAAUGGUGUCUGGCAUUUACUGCAAAUUCGUACUAGUCGUAGAUUUCUACAAUGUCGGCUCACACCCGAAGUUGAACGUAAAUUACAUUUUCUAACAUCAUCUGUGAAAUUCGGCAAUCACAAACGCUAUCAAGACUGGUUUCAAGAUAAAUAUUUCUCAACGCCCGAAUCCCAUAGUUUACGUUCCGAUCUGAUACGAUUCAUUAUCAACGCAAUACAUCCAACAAAUGAGCUCCUUUGCUCCGACAUUAUUCCCAGAUGGGCGAUAAUUGGAUGGUUAUUGACAUCGUGUACAAAUCCGGUAGCAUUAGCCAAUGCUAAAUUAGCAUUAUUCUAUGACUGGCUGUUUUUCGAUCCUGUUAAGGAUAAUAUUAUGAAUGUGGAGCCGGGCAUCUUAGUUAUGUACCAUUCAAUACGAAAUCAUCCAUUAGUUAGUAGCACACUCUUAGAUUUUUUAUGUAGGAUUAUGAAAAAUUUCUAUCCGAAAUUUGAAGAUAAAAUACGGGUUGGAGUGUAUAAUUCACUUAGAAAGAUUCUGGAGAAGCAGGUCAUACCAAAUUUACAUCCUCUUUUUGAAUCGCAAAAGCUUGAUCGUGAGCUGCGGACGCUUAUUCGUGAUAAUUUUCGCGAGUUUUGUACACCACCAACAGCAACAGUCGCUGGUCCCGGUGCCUUGUAUCCCGGUCAAACCGACAUAAACAAUUAUAUGGACGACCGGACCAGUCCGAAUACAGCGAUACCAGACGAUAACCGAAUACAUCACAACAACUUUAAUAUGCCCAUCGGAAUGGAUCACGAUCAAAACAAAAUGGAAGGGGAUGCCGGUGGAGGAGGAGGACUAGGCGGAGGCGGUGGAUUGGGUGAAACAACAUUAGGAAUGAAUCCAGGCAUUCCAGAUGGAUUGAAUGAAAAUUCCAAUGACGGCGAGCCUGUUUUUAGUGAUGAUGAAGAUGAACCUGUCAUAGCAGAUACCAAAAUAGAAGACUUAACAGACGAUGAUGAUGAUUUACCCCUGUCAAAAGUACGCUUAAAAGAAAAACCAGUAAUAGAAAAAAUCGAAUUACCUGCCUCGAUACAAGAUUCGUUCGACAAGUUUCAAACGUUGAAAACAUCAAAUAGUUUCGAUGCAUUUCUCAGUGACUAUCGAACGUUGAAUCAAUCAAACCUAGAUCUAGAUCAACAAACAUAUUUAUUUAGUAAUAUUGCGAAAAUUCUUAAACAAACCCUACCCUCAAAUAGUAUAUUCCCCGAUAGUAAGACGGACGAGAAACUUCUAUCGGAAAGUAUUAGUUAUCCAGUUUUCACAUUGUUUCGGACUAUGCAUCAACACGAGGAGAAAUGUCGAAAAUCGUAUCAAACCUUAUUAGCUGAUUUACACGAACGCUUACCAACUGUCGGUUAUAUGCUACUCUAUUUUCUCAAGGUCCAUGCUAAAUUACAAUCGCGUAAAAAUUCAAAUCAAAAUCAAUAUAAAGCGACAGUUUAUAAACAACUUUGUGAUGCAAUUGACGAUAAAUUAGAUAAAUGUUUAGCGCAUGAUUUAGAAUUGCUAGAAAAUGAGAAUACACAAAUAUUUUUAUGGCUAUUGCCGGAUAUUUAUCGGGAGUUUAAGCCGAAUGUUAUAAAUAAUAGUGAAAUUAUAAAAAUUAUAUUGAGUUGUAUCGACGCAAAAAAUUUACGUGAUUUAAUCUAUAGUGUAACACAGGGUAAAUUAGUAUUAUUUAAAAAUGAUGGUUUAAUUGAUUGUGUACGACAGAGUUUGUGUUAUGAGACGUUCGAACAAUUCUGUUUAUGGCAAUUAGUACAAGCUCACGAUGUGCCUAUCGAAUUCUUACAGGACCUACUGCCAGAAUUAGAAUCUUCAAACCAUGCGGAAGCUUUAACUUAUAUGUUAUUUUUGUUGAAAAAUGAAAAACCCACGGCAGAGUUAAUUAGGUUACUAUUAAGUAGAGAAACAAAAAAUCGGGGUGAUCCGUUCGUAACUUCGGCACUGAGGUUUUGGUGUCAAGAUUAUGAGGAAAGCUUAUCGGAAAUCGUAGCCAAUUUGUUAACGUCAAAAUAUCCAAAUAGUUCGCCAAAUAAAAGAAAAAGACCGCUCAAAAGUAAUUCAGCGCAAAACAGUUCACCAUCAUCAGAUCAACUUCUAAGUCAUCUGGAGCAUUUUCGAAGAAGUUGUCGACAUGGUAAUGGCACGGGUACAGGUCUAUAUGUACAAGAUGCGAUGCAGAGGGCAUUGCAACAGGCAUUUGCGCACAGUAGUGAUAGUACAAAGAAACAAUAUAGUGACCUAUUCGCAUUGGCCGCCGAAGACGAAACCAGUGGAGUUGGUCGGAGAGGUAGCAGUGCACGAGGUCGAAAGCAGCCAAGCAGUAAAAAAGAUACAAGCAGCUCUAACAGUAGCAAUAAAAAGAACCCGGAACCAGUUAACAACAUGUACUCUAGUGACGAGGAAUCAAGUGAUGAUAGCUAUUCAAAACCAAUACAGUCGAAACGACGGAAAAAGGCCAUCAGCGAUUCUGACUGACAGCAACCACUCAUCAACAUUUCAAAUUCAAAUGAUUGGAGCUGCUUAGUUGUCGAAUACUAGAAUUAAGUGCGCUAAUCUUCAAAGAGCAUUAAUAGACUCUACUCAUGGCAGAAAAAAAAAUCACGGAGAAAUGUUUCAAUGCUGGCCAGCACCAACAAAGCAAACCGUUCUACCUUCUUUAAUAGCAUCCUCUCCCCUUUUGGCGUUUUGUUAUUUCUCAUUUUUUUAUCGUUUAAGCUUUUAUUUUUAAAAUGAAAACGAAAGUUGAAAUUGUUUGAAUUUCAGAUAAUGUCAUUAAUAUAUAUAUAUGGAUCGAGUUAUUAUUAUAUAAUACGGUUUACCCUUGUUUUUUUUAGUUAUUAUUAUUAUUAGUUUUUUCUUUAUUUUUUCUUUUUCUAAAACAAAUAAAGUACUUGAAAUUUUGAUAAAAUAACAAAUUAUUAUAGUAUUUUCUGUUCUAGUUAUAUUUCUUUCUGUAAAUUCCAGUUACAGAAUUCCUAUUUGUAUUACAUAAAAAACUUCAGUUACAAAAAAAGCAUAAAUAAGAAAAAAAAGUGAAUAAAAUGAAAACUCAAAAACGGCUGAUGCUAAAAUCUAUGUAAAUAUUAUUGUAAAGUAAGAAUGCAACAAACCAACAAAAAUACACACAAAAUUUAACAAAAAAACCAA